GCCUACUGCUAAUAGGUCUUUUGAUUUGUUUGCCGCAACUGUCAUUUUUCGUGGAGCAUUCUCUGGGCAUCUUUAUACAUAGCAGAGGUUAGUAUUUGAGAUAUGAAAAGAAUUUUAGGUUUAGCCGAGUUUUCAUGCAUCUUUGUCUGUGAAAAAAUGUUCUGCCCCACUUGUGUUAAAGGAGGUUCCAAAUCUUUAAUCUCUUCUACUUUAGUGUUCACUUUGUAGAGUGCUUUAACAUGCUUUUCAGGCAAUGGGAAAGCCUUUGGUUAGACAAAACUUAAUGUGGUUAGUUACCAUUUCCCUUUUACUCACCAGUCACUGAACCAGUCAACUUUCUUUUCAUCAACCUGGAAAAUUCUGUAUCCUUAGCAAGGGAAAAAAAUGUAAUCAUGUUUGGGCUGGGUCCGUGCGAUGAGGAUGAGAACAAAUGGGCUUGAGUGCUGGAUAUGGGGCCCAUAUUUUCAGUGGAGAGGCAUGUGUUUGUCCCAUCAUGGAAAAAAGAGGGAAUAUAUAUGACCAUGUAUUCGUGUUCUCAAAAGCUAUUUGAUGGCUUCUAUUUUAUAGAACAAAGUUGUAUUGUUUAGUGUCCUUUUCCAAAUCCAAUACAAAUCCUCAUACACAAGAUCUUUCUCCCUCUAUUUUAUAACCAAAGCUACACUAUUAAUAGGCCUUUCACUGUAUCACAAAAAUAUCCUUCUGCACCAUCUCUCUUUCAAUCCCAGUGAUCAACCCCAUCAUAACUCUCUCUCCAUAAAUACUCCCAAAUAGGCCUUUGUACUUCUCUCAUCUCUGCAAAUCUCAUCAAGCAUUAAUCUCUCUGGUUUUUUAGAAGCUUAGAUACAGAUGGGUCUUCCUCAAACUCCGACUCCUACUCAUCUCUAUCCUGAAGCACUUCAACUUAAGCUUUACCAGGCCUUCAUAUUUUCAAUCCCAAUUCUCUUCUCCAUUAUUCUGUUUCUGCUGUUUUACUUGUUCUACCUCAAGAGGAGGGCUUCCACUUCCUCAUCUACUGCACCAAUACUUCCAAGCAGUAUGAAUCAAGCAGCUUCAUUUCUCUCCCCAUCAUGUGAGAUCGGUUUGAAGGGAGAGCUCAAAGGCAAGCUUCCAACAAUCUUGUUUGAUGACGAAUUGAAGGCAAGGGACUCACUAUGUUGUGUUUGCCUGGGAGAAUUUGAAAUCAAAGAGGAGUUACACCAGGUUCCGUCGUGCAAACAUGUGUUUCAUGCCGACUGCAUAUACCACUGGCUUCGUACAAACUCUACUUGUCCACUCUGUCGCUGCUCUGUCUUCCCCAAUACCAAAGCAGGCAAUCCAGUGUCCCCUGUUAGAUCCGAGCAUCCCGAUAACCAGAACUCCAACCAGCACAGACAAAAUGUCUCUUCACAGCAACAAGAAGAAAACAUUGGUGUUAGGUUGGAUAUCUCUGAUUCUUCCAGUGGACAGCAGAUGGUACCAACAGACGGAUCUUCUAGCUCGAGUUUAAGAGAGCCUGGCAGAUCGUCUGAGUUGCCCACUUGCAUAGACAGUGAAAUGGGUUAUCGGGACCAAGAAUCAAUUGUUCUUCACAUUGAAACACACUCAGCAAUCUGAGGGAAGUUGAGUGGAGUAGUUUAGAGA